AUGAAAUCGCUGAAAAUUAAAGGGCUUGUGAAGGGGAAGGACGAGGCGUACUACAACCUUGUCACGGUUAUAAGCCUGAACGAUGAGGAGCUAGACGAGCAAAUUAUUAAAAGGGAGGAAAGCGUAAAGGCCAAUUGGGCAGCCAUAAAAAAUGCCAAGGAAAUUAGCAAAAGUGAGAAAAAGCUGUUUGGUGAAAUCAUGAGAAAUGAAAGAGUCCGUCUAAGGGUAAAGGGAAAUAUAAAAAAGGUAACACGGAGGAGGGAAGAACUGAGCGAGCAUUACCGGGGGGAAGCACUUAAUUGUUUUUUGGAUGGAAACGUAAGUGGUGACAAGAAAUAUAUGAAAGAAAUUUUGAACUACCUGCGUAAUGUCCAGGGGGUAAAAUUUCACGGAAACGUUGUUAAGAGGGGGAGAAGCACGCGUAGAGACAACGUGGAGGAGGGUGCCCCGAAACGAUUGUAUGACCAAAGGGAUGUUACCCAGCGGGAAAGGUUACUGAGGGGCCGCCUCAUAUGGCGGGGGGAGGAGCAAAGAAAGCGAGAAAAGGCAAAAAGGGAAGAAGUAAAAGCAGAUAAUGUAAAAAUGGAAGAAGCAAAAAUAGGGGUACACCAAACGAACAGCAGCCACGCCGUGAAAGGCAGAAGGGCGAAGCUGCCCCCACUGCGCAAAGUCAAAAACAAGGCCAUUCAAAAAAAAAAAGGAAAAAAAAAGAGCAUGAGAGCUAGCCAAAACGUAGUCACCGAACCGGGAAGCAAUAACAACAUAGCGGAAAAGACACUAAGAAGGAUCCUCCAGGAAAUAAAAAUGUCGUUAAAGGAGUUGAAGAAGCCGAGGGUGGUCAUCCAAUCGUCACAGAAAAAGGUUGAUUGUAGGACGAAGAAGCAGGAAGAGAGACACAGCGUUAUAUACAAUUUGAAACAGGACAAAUGUGUUGGUCCACCAAGGAACAACUGCCCCGUGAAGAAGAGCCCAAACUAUGAACAGCAUAAAUUGUAUUUUAAAGGACUCUUCCAGCAUAUAAGAGGAGGGAAGAAGGGGUCACUAGUCAUGGCUUCUUCAUCGAAGGGAAAAAUCAUCCCAACUGUAAACUGGGCUUCCAUCGGGGCGGCUAAAAGUGCAAAGGAAGAGGAUCCCCUCUGUGCGGUAGGUGAAGACGAUACCAUUGACAUAACCUGUGAAGAUGAGUUCGAAAAGAAAAAAUUUGUUCUGAAGGAAAAGAUUAAGGACGAGUAUAGGAGGAAGAGGAAGGAGUCAAGUAUAUACAGAAACAGGAACGAAGGGUUCUUUCCACCUGAUCUGGUAUCUGCCUCGAACGAGAGACGCAGCUCUAAGUAUAUGUUCGAUGAGACAGCCCUCAGCGAAAGCGACCGGGACGAUUUGGAGUACCUGGUCAGCGUGAAGGGGAAAAACGCGCGGAGGUACGAGGGUCGCCCUGGGAAGGAGGUACAUCCAUCGAAGGAACAACCGGAAGGCAAAGAAGCAACGGGCAAGCCAGUACGUAGACCCCCUCUGGAAUUUUCCCCUCCGCCAGACAAACAAAUUGGAGACAGUCCACCAGGAGGAAACGCCCCGCUUGUAAAAAAUGCGAACAAAGAAAGGGCCCAAAUGAAACAACAGUUGAAUCAUCCAACGGAAUACAGAACAGAAUCAUGUGUGAAGGAAACCACUGGAAUAGUAACACAUGUUGGUACCUCCGUUGUGGGUCCCGUGAAAGAUAAUGCCGUAGAUGGAGGAAACUGCUCUGAUGCAAAUAAUCCAGGAAAAGGUGAUGAAAACGACAUGGGUAAAAAUGCACAAAACGGUCCCCCCCAGAUGAACGGAAAGAAAAAUCUGGCGGGAAUUAUGAAGUCCAACGGGAUUUUAUUGAAGAAGCAUCAUGGUAGGAAGGACAUCCUAAGGGAAAAGAAACUCAAGGAUGACGCUCAGAAGGGGGUGAAGGAUAAACCGAGUGGUUGUCAGAUUGGGGAGGAUGGAACGGAUAAGGAGGACCCCGCAGUUGUAGGAGAGGAGAAGAAGACAGAGUCUGCAUUUUUGGGAAAAAACUCCACACAGGUACCACCUCCUGUGGGGGUAAAGACGGAACAUGGAAUGCCAAAGGAGAGUACCCCCACGGGGGACGCUUUAAAAGGGAAGAAGAUUUCGCCUCCAGUGAGGGCUCCGGGACCGAAGGUGUUUAAUAACCCUCCUCGUGGUUUGGUCAGUCAGAACGGGGAAGCCAAGAAUGUAGGUGAGUCCGGUUCACCCGUGAUGGAGACCUCAGGAAUGAGCGAAGAGAGGGAAGAAACGGCAGCUCCAGUGGUAGAUAAAUUGGCUCCUGUGAAAAAGGAUAACACACACAGUGGUGCAAAGGUGGAAGUUGGACGGGUUAACGUAAAGGUGGGUCUACCAUUGGAGAAGGUCAUCGAAGCGUCCUCAGAGGGGGCACACGUGAAGGAAGCAAACCCGCCUAGCGAAGGAACUGCCUCGAUGGAGUUCCCAAAAGGAGGGAGCAAACCGCCAAGCAUCAAAGUGGGUGUGAAUAAACCAGAUGGGAGUGAAGCCGGGAUGAGUUCCCCCUCUGGUGAAGCAGCUAAAGAAGAGGUACAAAACGACAGUAAGGGAGAGUCGAAAAAGGAUCUGUCACAGGAGGAGGAAAACAAAGUAGACGCAGAGAUAGAGAAAGGUAACUCGGCUUCCUCCAACAGUGAGGUGAAGAAUGGAGGAGGUAAUAAAAUAGUGGCCAGCGUGAAGGUCCCGUUAAAGCUGAACAACAUGGUGAUGAAGAAGGCCCUGCUUGGGAAGAUGCUGGCAAAGCGGGUUCCCAAAGGGACUCCACCUGUGGGGGAAAACAAAGAGGGAAAAACAAUACAGGAAGGGAAAGACAACAAAGAGGGAGAAGCCAGCGAAAAGAACAAACCGAUGGAGAAGGUAAUCCCGAAAACCAUUCCGAAGAGUAAGGCUGUUAUUCCAAAGGUGAUUCCCCCGAAAGGCGUCCCGUUAAAGGGUAAUGCUAUUUUGAAGGCAAAGGUGGGGAAGGUUCCGGUUGCGAAGGGGAGCGUGUCCUUCAAGGGGGAAGCAACAGAAGUGAAGACAGUAGAAGAGAAGGUUGAAGAAGAGAAGGCAGUAGAAGUGAAGGCAGUAGAAGAGAAGGUCGUAGAAGAGAAGGCAGUAGAAGUGAAGGCAGUAGAAGAGAAGGUCAUAGAAGAAAAGAUCGUAGAAGAAGAGAAGGUUGAGGAAAAAAACGUUGAAGAAGAGAAGGUUGAAGAAGAGAAGGUUGAGGAAAAAAACGUUGAAGAAGAGAAGGUUGAAGAAGAGAAGGUUGAGGAAAAAAACGUUGAAGAAGAGAAGGUUGAAGAAGAGAAGGUUGAAGAAAAAAAGGUUGAAGAAAAAAAGGUUGAAGAAGAAAAGGUCGUUGAAGAAAAGGUCGUAGAAGAGAACGUUGCAGAAGAAAAGGUCAUAGAAGAAAAGAGCGUUGCAGAAGGGAAUGGAACGACGGAGGAGAAGGUGCCACUGCAAGUAGGCGCACCCACGGUGAAAUCCGUACGAAACGUAAAGUAUGCAAAAAAGGACGAAGGGGUACCCAAAGGAGAAAACAACUCCAGUGAGAGGGGGUUCAUAGAAAAUGCAGUGAGGAAAAAUAUAGAAAGGAUGUUAGAGAGGACAGAGAAUUCGAUAGUGCAUGUUAGGGAUGAGAAAAAUGGAAAACGACCUAGCUUGGCAAAAAUUUUGAUGGGGGGUCCUAAAGGAUUGAAUGUAAUGAAGAGCAAAAAGGUGAAGGGGGGAACUGUCCUCCCCCAAAGGGAAAACUCCACUGUGAAAGGAACAGGAGACAACGUUGUAAUUGGUCCUGGAAGUGAUGCUGAAUGCGAUGUGCCCCCCACCGAGGGGCGAAAAAGAUACUCAGUGACGCUAAACAAAUUUUCCAAAAAGAUUGAAGUAAAGAAGAAGAGCUCUGUAGAUGUGGUUGAAUUGUUGAAUGCGCUGGAGGAGAAAUCUGGGGAGGAUUCCUCAGUUCGAAGUGGUUUACCAGGUACAGACGAUGCAGAGAAGGUGACCCCCCCUAGUGUCACCACCGCUGAUGAGUUACCAAAGAGGACGCCGAUGGUAAAACCUCUUGUUAAGAAGGACGGGUUGGCAAAAUUAACAUUCAAAAGAACAGUGGAAAAUAAAAAGGCACCACAAUUGGGGGAGGAAGAUAGGGACAAGCAGGACGGUGAACAGAAGAAGGAAAACCAAGUCGAUGAAAAAGGGGAAGGAUUACACGGUGAAGAAACGCACAGCGAAGGAGAUCAGAAGGAGGAAAAAGGAGAAGAUCCCCCUCUGCCCAAAAAGAACGUCGUGAAAAUUCCCCUUUUACCACCCAAAAUGAAAAAUGCACCAUUUGGACAGCCGAAGGGGGGCCCAAGCAAAAACAACUUUAUGGCAAAACUGCAGAUGGUGAAGAAUAAGUCUACGAUGAAGCAGUUUCCUCUAAAAAAGGUAGCGAUGUUCAAGCCGAGUGGCGAGGAGAGUAGUCCUAACGAGAGUGGCAACAUCGGGGAGAAAAGCAACCCUGGUGGAAGUGGAAGCACCGGGGAAGGAACUUCUCCAGAGGAGGAACAGAACCCGCAAGUCAAGGCAGAGGAAGAUACCACCACCAAGGAGGUAAAUUUCCCCCCCAUAAGUGAAAAGAACGAAAAUGAAGCAAAAGACAAUUCAGAUAACAGUAGCGAACCCUUGUUCGACACAAAGAAAUGCCCAGUGAAAAAAAUGCCACCCAAAUCGAUGGUGAAAAUUUUGCCGAAAAUUCCCCCCAAAGUUGUUACUCCAUUUAGUGGAGUUAAGGACGCAAAACAUAUGACCAAGGUGAAGCCGCCCUUUUUAAACAAGCUCAAGGCAAAGGCGUUGCCCCCACCAAGCAUGCGAAGAGAAGACACAGAGAAGGGAUUAAGUGAAGAGGAGAAACCUCUCCCAUGA